AUGGCCGCGCGCAGCGAGGCCCGCGCCGCGCGGCUGCUCUCGGCCUCGGGGCGCGCGACAAGCGCCCGCGUAGACCCGGGACCUUACACCAACGGCGUCCUCGACACGGAGUACCUGGUGCACCUUGCCAUCGGCACGCCGCCGCAGCCCGUGCAGCUCAUCCUCGACACCGGGAGUGACCUCGUCUGGACGCAGUGCCGACCGUGCCCCGUCUGCUUCAGCCGGGCGCUCGGACCGUUGGACCCGUCCAACGCCUCCACGUUCCACGUGCUCCCCUGCAGGUCGCCAAUGUGCGACAACCUCACCUUGUCGUCUUGCAGUUCCACGUGCUAUUAUCCUUAA